UGAUCAUAUUCUCUCUCCCUCCCUCCUAAAUACUGAUCUUAUUCUCUCUGUCCAGGGUCGGAGGUUGAAGGAACAGCAGGACAUGGCAGCAGCCGUCAUCCAACGAUGCUACAGGAAGUACAAGCAGUAUGCUCUGUAUAAAAGGAUGACUCAGGCAGCGAUACUGAUCCAGUCUAAGUUCCGUAGUUACUAUGAGCAGAAGAAAUUCCAGCAGUCUAGACGGGCUGCGGUUCUGAUCCAACAGUACUACCGCAGCUAUAAGGAGUAUGAACGCCUCAAACAGGGACCCAGAGGGUCCGGAUCACACAAUCCAAAACUGAAAGGUUCCUUCCUGACUAAGAAGCAGGACCAGGCCGCUAGGAAGAUCAUGAGAUUCCUACGACGAUGCCGACACCGGAUUAAAGAGUUGAAACAGACAAAGGAGUUAGAGAGGAGAGGACUUACCACCUAACUCCUCUUUUACCCCUCCUUCAUCCUGCCAUCCGCCACGGGAGAGAGGGAUGACUGAUGGAGAAGAGAGAGCAGCCUGUCUGCCCUCCUCCCUUUAUUCUCUGUCUCCCUCCCUCCACUGGGGUCGCUCAUCACCCCAUCCAGCUGUAUGCCUCUCACUCCUCUCCUCCUCUCAUCCUCCUGUCACUCCUCCUCUCCUCCUCCUGUUCUCCUCUCAUCCUCCUCUCCUCCUCCUGUUCUCCUCUCCUCCUCCUGUUCUCCUCUCCUCCUCCUGUU